GACGUCAUAAGUGACAGGAUGUCAACAAUGCCUCUACAGCCCUACGCAUCCGGAAUGGUUGCUGAAAGUUCCAAUAUGUCCGAUCUAGACUAUUUGAUGACUACCAUGGACCCUUUCAACUCUACCCAUGAUUCUGGGAACGCCACGAGAUGCCGAUCAGUUCAUGACAAGGAGUACAAUCAAAAGAUCAGAAUAAUCAAUUUGUAUAUAACUUUGAUUCUUGGAACCCUUGGCGGAAUCAUGGUGUUAGCUUGGAUGUCGAACAAUCGGAGAUUGAAGACAAGGAUGAACAGUCUGUCACGUGUCAACAGUUUCAUUUUGAAUUUGACAAUUGCCGAUCUAGCCGUCAUGUUCCUAGCUGUACUUACGCAGCUGAUAUGGGAGUACCAGGAUAAGCGAGAGUGGGGAGCCGGAGCCUUCCUCUGUAAGAUGGUCAAGUUCUGUCAAAGCUUUACUCUCAUGGCUAGUACUAAUAUGUUAGUGGUCAUUGCUAUUGAUCGACACCAGGCAAUACUACGUCCACUGAAGACGCCAAUUGCGGUAUGGAAGAUGGCUGGCGCUGGCUGGGCAGUUGCUGCCUUAGGGUCCUUGCCGAUGCUGUACGUUUUCAGAACAAACGUCGUUGACGGUGUUCAGAAGUGUGAAAACAUAUUCAGAGAUCUCCCUAGGUCUCACAGGAAGGCGUUUUUAACUUAUGCUGCUGUCGUUGUCUUUCUUAUCCCUAUAUGUCUCCUUAUUUUCUGUUACACUAGUAUCUUUCUUAAGAUAGCAAGAAAAGCAAAGGAGAGCCAAACAUCUAAACGACAUUCAAUCAAACCUGGGAAGAUACAUCUUCAAAGCACAAACUCGAAUUCCUUACCAAAGGCAAAGAUCAAGACAUUGAAAAUGACCUUUGUCAUUGUGGUAGUGUUUCUCGUGUGUGGAAUUCCAUACUUUAUCGCCGAAAUGAUUAUGUCCUAUGGUGACCACUGUAUCAUAUCAGACCUUGUGUACGGAAUCAUUGGCGGGCUAGCAGCCGCAAACUCAGCAGCUAAUCCAUAUGUCUUUUUAUUGUUUAACUGCAAUGGACGCUACUCUCGUGACCGAAAGAGAUCAAGUUCAGACACCAUUGGGAAUUCGACAACCCGGACCGUUUAUUCAACAGCAAGCACUCGCUCUGACUACGUGGGCGACUCCAAGGCUAUUUACCAACCGUCGAUAAAAUACAAGUGGAACGCUAGUAGUCAAAACAGCAUGGAACUGAACUGCAUGCGAUGAAAUGAAUUUGUUUCUUUCAUCAUAUUAAACCACUUUAUUGACUUUAACUUUCAUCAAAUACACUUUUUGUUUUAUUAAUCAAUCCGAAUUGUGUUGGGGAACAUGUAAAUACUUAUAUUAAAGUGAGAAAUUGAAAUAACAAAUGAUGUUUUGAAGGUUAUAUAUAUACAUGUAUGGCAUAUUGGAACUAUGUUUGAACGAAAACACGCUUUAGGCUAUAUGUAAUGUAUUUAGUAUAAAGUAUUAUGUAUCCGAAGCCAGAGAGGCAUGAUCAACCAAAUUACAUCCGUUAUGUCCUUCGACGUUUACCGAGCCAAUACUGUUUGUAUAUGUAUCAUAUAAACAUAUAAGUAUUUGUUGGGAGGUAAAGUUACGAGCACUGAAGGUUUAGUUACACCUGAUUUGCAUUGCAUAUGGUGCGAGACUCACUGAGACUUUAUACGACUUGAAAACAAAAACGUUAAGGAAACACUUCCGUUGAAGGUUGAAUAGUUUAUUAUUCCAUAUGUUUUCGUAGUGUAACAAUGGUCAACAAUCAGUGUAGUAAAAUUUAAUCAUAAGAAUCAUAUAAAAAAAUAUAUACAUUAUAAAAUUGUACGUUUUAUUUUCGGUAUGUUAUUGAUAUGUGUUUACAUUGCAUGAUAAUUAUACGAUAACAGUUAAUUAGAUAGAAAACUGAUUGAAUAGAUUGCGAAAGUCAUAAAAAUGCCCUUUUACGUGGACAGUUCGCCGUCAAAAGUGCUGUUAAUUAAUAAUUUUAAUCAAUUCAAAUUUAAUUGUAAUAUACAUCAGAUAUUAAAAAAUGUAGAAAAUACAAACGUACCGUCGCAUUUUUAUUUAUUUUUUUUUUUUUUUUUUGAUUGUCCUGCGGUCGCCUUUUACAAUCGAAGCGCAACUCAUUAUAGCAAUCUACUUAUACUUUAAAGAUAGAUAAAUAUCCAUUAAAUAUCAUGCUUAGUUACAUUAAAUGUACUUAACAUACAUAUUUGAACCUUCAAAAUGUCCUCUGGUAGCAGGUAUUCUGCAUGAAUUGGAAAGAUAUUCAUGUUGGGUUGAUUGCAAAUCUACAUUGAAAGCGAUAAGACUAAAAUUAAGUUUGAAUUCAGCUAAUUUAAUUUUAUGUAGACUUGCGUGUUUUUUAAAUGCUCCAUUCAACCUGUCUAUUGUAUGACCUGGUUUUGUAGCUAUCAACAAAUUGCUUUUUUAAUUCAUAAUUAAAAGAGAAGUGUAUUUUGUGAAUGAAUGAAUUCUGACUUGAAAUGAACAUUUUAAUAUUAUUGCGGUUAACACUUCAAUGUGUAUUGAUAUACAAUAAUAUUGUAACAAGUUUUACCGUCCUAUACGUGUAGAACAAGUGGAAAACAGUAUUUCAGUAAAUUAUCAUUGAUAACAUUUACAGUGUUUCAAGCAACUCGCCAUCUCGAAUCAUGAUUUGUUUGUUGAACAGUGUAAACUGCUGGUAAGAAUUGCCCAUCCAUCAUCGUUUUUUACAUCCAUAUACAUUCAGAUUUUUUUGUUUUUGUUUUUUAUUGACUACCUCUGUGAAACGCUAUUCCCUGUUUUAUCUUUGUCCUCCAUGAAAUGUCAACCAUGUUUUGUUCUCAAAAAGUACAUGUUUUGAUAGAUUAGAAGAAAGAUAUCUAUCUGUAUAUGUUACUGCGAGUGCUUCAUCAACUUUACAUGUACAUAUUUGAUUUUGAAUGAUGUUCUCUGAUAUUUUGCCGUUUUCAUUGUAAAUAAUAUUGUCUAAAUUGUUAUUAUCGAUACAAUGUUAAUAUCUGAAUAUAGACUAUAUCGCUACUAUAUGAGUAUUCUGAUCAUGGUUAUGUUGGUGUUGUUUUUAAGAAAAGUAAAUAGUUGCUAACAAAAUCAAGAUUACAACAUUAAGAUAUGAAGUACAUGACUCCCUGAAAGAAAACCUGUCAUUGACAAACUUCAUUUGGGACAAAUGUUUUGAAAGCCUGGUGAUUGCAAGAAUUACGCAAGAAUUCAAAUUGCAUUAACGUUGUCCUGCAGGGUAGUUCAAACUAUAAGGAAUUCCUCAUGAACGAGUUAAAAUCAAAGUGGCAUAUUGUGUUUUAAUUGUUUAAUGGUUUUGUUUAUAGACAAGUGCUUUGCCAAGGCACGAUUGAUAAUAACCUUUCAGCGAUAGUCACAAUUGAUCAUACUAUAUGCUUGCCACAAUCAAAGCCUGAUAAUAAUAGAUCCAUGGUACCUGCUAGGUCAUAUAAGUCUUUGUUCCUUUAGACUAAUAACAGUACUAUCCACUGUGUUUUGGACGGUUUGGUCUUUGCUUAAUUUUGUUCAUUAUCAAAUGGAAUUUUUUCUCCGAAAAUUUCUGAAUCAUGAAAAUUUGUAAUGAUAUGUAUAUAGGGACUUACAGGUAUAAACUUUACUAUAUUAUUCAGUGAGAACAGACUCUGGUUACAAUUGAUUUAUUAUGCGUUUGAUUGUUUUAAUGGAUAUAUAUUCUAUUAUUAUUAAUCUAAAACAAAGUAUGCACAAAUGCAUUAUGCUUUUUAAAUAUAUCAGACAGAAUUGAAAUUCAGAAUAAGAAAGUUGGAUUAGAGCUUGAGGAAUAAAAAUAUGCAUAGUAUGCAUGUCGAAAUUGAACCAUUUCUUUUAUAAAGAAGCAUUUAUGCAUCUUCGGUCCUGUCACAGACAACAAAAAGAAUGUAUAGAUUGAAAAUGGCCACCAUAUAUGGCAUAUGGUGACAUUUAAUAUCAAUUCUAAACAUAUUACAAAUUAACAAUACAAAAUUAACAUAGCAUAACACAAUAAUUAAAAAACGUCCAAAAAUAAACAUCUAAAAAUGACAAUGAUAGUCAAUUACAACAAAAGCCUGUGUGGGGGUUGCCAAACUCCGCCACAAAACCAGCCUGUGAAACGCUGCUGGUUUCCCCAUUAUAAAUAUUUGUAGAUUAUUUUUGUGUCGGAUGUUUUCAAAAUUGGUCGCGUUAAAGUUUCACAUCAAUGUCCAUUAAAAACCUAUGGUACUCGUUUUCAUUUGUUUAAAAUUUGUUCCAAUACAAAAUAAAUUGUUGGGACAAAGCAUUAACUACCCUUAACGAUUACAUGCUCGAAAACAUACUAAAUGUUAUAACACAAGAGAAUGAUAAACAUAUGUAUUUUCAUUAAUUAUCUACGAGUGAUUUUCUUAACUGUAAAUAACACCAUAUUAUCUGCCACCGAUCAUCUCAUGAACCAAAACGAAUCAUGACGGUUCUGUUUUGCAUGUGUCGAUUCUAUUUUAUACAGAAAAUAUCAUUCUUUAACAUAUAUAAUUGAUCUAUUGACAAUGUAGUGACGUUCAGAUGCAUUUUAUUCCUUAACAAACACAAUAACUAUAUUCACGCGGAUAACAUUUGUAAAUUAAUACAGAAUCCAAAGGUGUAAACGCGUACAAACGAAAGAAGAAACAGUGUGAUUUGUAAAUACUGUACGAGUACCUGUUUGUGUAAAGGAUAACGACAUGUGUUUGACAUAAAUAGUGGGGAGACGUUAUCAUUUUGGAUUUGACAUAUGUAUAUAUUUUACUAUUGAUCGAUUGACUACGCUGUACCAUUGUAUCAAUCGGAGUGCAUUGCAGGUUUAGUAUUGUCUAUUUCGAUUGUCACUUUUCUUUUGUAGAUUUAACAUUUAGUGAUGUUAAUCAUAAAGCAAUGUCAAAAUUCUGUACAUUUCUUUGUCGUAUGAUUAUAAUUCAAGAAGAUUACAUCCUGUUAUUUUA